CAUACCCUGCAUCGAAGUAAUACGGCCCAGUUUCCAAGGUAAUGUUUAUUGUACAUGACUAGCUGACAUUUCUAUGACAUCUUUACAAUGAAAUCCCACGUUUCGCAAAACGAAUGUUAAUCAGUAUCAGAAAUGGAAAUUAACUUACCAACAUGAUUAGUCCUGAAGCUCUUCGCGCCAGACCAAGACCUGGCGGUAUCGCUAAAAUCAUUGACAAGACUCAGAGUACCCGGCGUUCGUCAAAACCGUUCUCACAGUUUUCGACUAUCGCUACUGAGGGCACUCGAAAUGAUUCGAUUAAACUUUCAAAAGAAAACAAAAUCAAAACCGCCCCGAAAACGGUUCCGUGGAUUUUCGAAUUCGAGGACGAAUCAUAUGGAACUUUACCCGACGCGUUCCAAACUUGCGUUGAUUUGUUGGCCAUAGCAAUAAGUACAGUUAUGCUUCUGGCUAAAGAAUAUGAUCAAAUUGGUGCAAAUCACUUGAACUGGACCUAUAGUUACCUAUCCUGUAUCCAAGAUCACCGUGGUGAAUAUCCUCCUAACAUAAAAAGGUUACUUAAUUAUAUGAAGUUACUAUUCAGCGAUACGCCUGCAUUUAGUAAAGACAACUACGAGGUUGGAGAACAGAAAAAAGAGCAUGUUAAGGAAGUUAUAGGUAGGGUCCAUAAAGAAAGUGGAACCCCGGGACAAGACAUUACAUCGGAAAAAUUGAGUGCCCCUGAUGUUAUUAUGGGUGAGGAAUUACCAACUAUACCACCUAUCAGCGAUACGGCUAGUAAUAAGGCUGAAAAACAGAAAAAAGAACACGACCUGAAGGUUAUAGGUAGAGUUUAUAAAGCAAAUGGAACCAGAAGAAGGGAAAUUACAUCGGAGAAAUUGAGUAGCCCCGAUGUUGUUAUGAUUGAGGAAUUACCAACUAUAACACUUAUUAGCGAUACACCUGCAUUUAGUAAAGAUAACUAUUACGAUGUUAGAGAACGAAAAAAAAAGGACGACGAGAAAGUUAUAGGUAGAGUGCAUAAAGAAAAUGGUACCCGAAGACAAGAAAUUAUAUCGGAAAAAUUGACCACCCCCGAUUUUAUAAUGUAUAAAGAAUUGCCCAUUGCGACAAACGCAGAAAAAAUAGAUAUUGACCGAAUGAAAACCAAUGCAGAGUAUGAAGAAAAGGUGGAAAUAUUUGACAAAAGCCAUAGAGGUGCCGAAGUGACGGACGAAAGGGUGGAACGAAGGAUGCUCGCAGCAGUGGAAAUUGGAAUAGCUGAUGAAAAAAUAUGCGCUGCGAUAAAAUCUUUAGAAAAAAUGACAACCGAACAAAAAUUUACAUGUGCGUCGUUAAAAUCUGUUACCAAAUUCACAAAAUCCAAAGUUAAUCAAAACGUAAAACAAACCACUAACCUAUAAUGUUCUGCAAUGAUUACUUUGUGCCCAAUUAUUUGUGAUGUGGCUGAAAUAUAUCGUUAUUAGUUCCCAGCAAAAUUUGGUGUUCGAACUUUAUUGAUGCGAAAUUUGCUGUCGCAGCUUCCGUAUAAAUCAAUCUGAUAUGCCUUUAAACCUGAAACGAGUCGAUUUUUUGUCACCAUUGAGGACGCUGAUCGUAAAAAUUCCUGUUUCACUUGUCUCAGCUGCUUUCCGG